AUGUCUUCUCCUGUGAAGGAGCACGGGAAGCGCCGCGUCGCCUACUACUACGACUCCAACGUCGGCAAUUAUUACUACGGCCAGGGCCACGUCAUGAAGCCCCAUCGCAUACGGAUGACCCAUCACCUGAUCCUCAACUACAAGCUCUACCGCGAUCUCGACGUCUACCGCCCGUUCCCCGCGAGCUUUGAGGAGAUGGCGCGCUUCCACUCCGAGGAAUACAUCACCUUCCUGAAGACGGCCUCCCCCGACAACAUCAAGGUGUACAACAAGCAGAUGCUCAAGUUCAACGUCGGCGAGGAUUGCCCGCUGUUCGAUGGACUGUAUGAAUUCUGCCAACUUUCUUCCGGAGGUUCCAUCGCAGCUGCCGUGAAGUUGAACAAGCAAAAGGCUGACAUAGCCAUAAACUGGAUGGGCGGGCUCCAUCACGCCAAGAAAAGCGAGGCCAGCGGGUUCUGCUACACGAACGACAUAGUUCUCGGCAUCCUCGAACUGUUGAAGUAUCACCAACGGGUACUCUACGUUGACAUAGAUGUUCAUCAUGGUGACGGUGUUGAGGAGGCGUUCUAUACUACCGAUCGUGUGAUGACCGUCUCUUUCCACAAAUACGGCGACUUCUUCCCUGGAACUGGCGAUCUCAAGGAUUUGGGUGUUGGAAAGGGCAAGUUCUAUUCGCUCAACGUCCCACUCCGGGACGGCAUCACCGACGAAACAUACCAAAGCAUCUUCACGCCGAUUAUGACGAAGGUAAUGGAAAAAUACCGGCCAUCAGCUGUCGUCCUCCAAUGUGGCGCCGACUCACUGUAUGGAGACCGGCUCGGCUCGUUCAAUUUGACGCUACGCGGACACGGAGAUUGCGCAAAGUUCUUCCGCAAAUACAACGUGCCGCUGAUGAUGCUCGGCGGCGGCGGCUACACCCCGAGGAACGUUGCCCGCUGUUGGGCGUACGAAACGGCAGUUGCGCUCGAUACGGAGGUCCUAAACGAGCUGCCCUACAACGACUACUUCGAAUAUUUUGGCCCCUCCUACAUGCUGCACCUCGAGCCCGGAAACGUGACCAACGACAACACGCCCGAUUAUUUGCGAAAAGUUCAGGACCAAAUAAUGGCCAACCUGGACAAGCUCGAAGCGGCGCCCAGCGUCCAAAUGCAGCCGAUACCCGCUGAUGCGUUCCCGAUUCUGAACGAUACUUCUCUAGGACGGGACAUGGCCAACCCCGAUCGACGUCUCCACCGGGCCGACAUGGACGGGCAUGUACAACACGAAGGGGAAUUCUACGAUGGCGAAAACGAGGGCGACGAUCGACGAAAUGAGCACAACGGCCGAAUCUCCACC